AUGGCAGCUUGCUAUCUUAAAAAUCUUGAAAGAUUAACUAUACCACCAAGCAAAGAAGUGAAGCUUUUGGGACUAUGGGUUAGCUCAUUUGUCUGGAGGGUUGAGUGGGCUCUGAAACUGAAGGGUGUUGACUAUGAAUACAUAGAAGAAGAUAUCUACAACAAGAGUCCUCUACUUCUUGAAUUGAACCCAGUCCACAAAAAAGUUCCCGUGCUCGUUCAUGACGGAAAGGUGAUCCUCGAAUCCUUUGUAAUUCUCGAGUACAUCGAUGAGACAUGGAAAGACUAUCCAUUACUGCCUCAAGAUCCAUAUGAAAAAGCCAUGGCACAUUUUUGGGCCAAGUUUGCUGAAGAAAAGUUUCUUGUAGCUGCAUGUAUUGCUAUGUGCUCCGAUGGAGAGGAUAAAGAAAAGUUUGUGAAAUUAUCCAUGGAGGCCUUAGAAAAGAUAGAAGGUGAGCUCAAACUCAAAGGGAACAAGUUCUUUGGAGGAGAAACCAUUGGGUAUUUGGACCUUGCAAUUGGAUGGAUCCCUCACUGGUUGCCUGUCUGGGAGGAAGUUGGGGCCAUGAAGAUUGUGGACCCACUCAAAUUCCCAGCCACCAUUUUAUGGAUGAACAAUUUUCUCAAUCACCCGGUAAUCAAAGACAACUUACCACCUAGAGAUAAAAUGCUUGUUUAUUUUCAAAAGCGUAACAAGGAAAGUGAAAUUGUGGCUAUUGUCGCCGCUCUUAUCGCCGCUUCUAGAAAAGGUUGAUUUUCAAGGACUUCGCAAGUCCGUGCACGAAACUCCCAUCAUGACCGGUUGUGUUUAUGUUUUUUUCUAAUGAUUAAAUAAAUCAACCUUAUGUGGCGUAGAUAUGUACUAAAA